AUGCCAGUGCUAUCUCCAGAGCCCAAUUAUGACACUUUAUUGCAGAAAGUACUCGACGUUGGUUGCGGAACAGGCAUCUGGGCAAUUGAUUUUGCAGACCAUCAUCCCGAGUCCGAAGUCACCGGCCUGGACAUCUCGCCGCGACUUCCACACUGGGUCUCUAGUAAUCUGAAAUUCGAGGUAGAUGAUAUCACGCAGCCGUGGACCUAUCCCGCCAACACAUUCGACUACAUACACAUGCGCUGGCUGGUAGGCUCGAUACCUGACUGGAUCUUUCUCUACAAAGAGAUAUUCAAGUCCCUCAAGCCAGGCGGUAUAUUUGAGCACAAAGAGUCAUCCUGCGUGAUUCAGAGCGACGACGGCAUCGUAGGCCCUGCGCUUGCGCAAUGGGGCAAGGUGUUUUUGGAAGCCGGCACGAAAUUUGGCCGCACGUUCGCCGUGCACGAGGAGCGCAUUCAAGUGACGGCCAUGGAGGCUGCGGGAUUUGUAGAUGUCCAGGUCACCGAAUUCAAGGUGCCGAUUGGUGAUUGGCCUCUUGACGAGAGGAUGAAGAAUGUCGGCAAGUAUGCACAGCUGGCUCUCCAGAGAGAUGUUGAAGGCUUGGUGACCUUCAUGUGGAGCUCUGUGAUGGGUUGGUCGCAGGACGAGAUUGCGGUGUACGCUGCGCACCUGCGAGGAGAGCUCAACUCCGGCAAGUUCCACGCUUGGUGCCCCAUGAAAGUUGUCAUCGGCAGGAAACCUUGA